CAGCCACUACGAAAUCCUGCGGUGUGGCUGCGAAUAAAUUGCGCUUAUUUAUGUGGCAUUUUUGCUACAAAAGAGUAAUGACAAGUUUGCCUCAUGGGUAGUUUUACGCCGCUUAGUCUUUAUUAGACGAAAGUAGAUACAAGUAUUUGUGUAACGCUAGUAAAGACUAGCAGCAGUCAGUGAUACGUGGGCUUAAUCUGUUUCUGUGUUAAUUAUAAUGUUUAGAGGAUUAAGAUGAUCAAAGCAGCCCUUCAUUCAGCCUCGCCUUCAAAGACCCGGACUCACAGACUGGCAUCGAGGAUCAGGACCACAAAAGAGAGGCUCUUAAACUUGGGGGAUGGAGUAUGAUGGAGAAACAGGACUCCACACAGACACGGUGUUCAGAUCAGAGCCAGCGAACUCCUGACUUCCUGGAUUUCCCUCCUGCAUGCCCCACGAGUCAGCUUGUACACGUAGCUGAAGGGACCCAGAUAAACACUGCAGCUAUAGCCUCUAUGAGACAUGUCCAGGUCUAGUCGGCGGUACAAGUCUCUGCAGCAGAGCAACGGCAGCAGCCCUUUGCCCGGCUGUGACCGGCUACGGUUGCCCCGUGCCCGGAUACUGCUGAUCUGUCUCCUCGGUGCCCUGGUGCUGGCUGGGUUCCUGGGAGUCUACCUGUCCAACGACAUCAACACAAAUGGACAGGUGAACCGCGUUGGAGCGGCAGAGCUAAGCAGAGAAAGGUUGGCCCACAAACCCAGUAAAUGCUCUCCAGCCCAAAUCCGCCGCUUGGCCUCUCAGGUGGAUGGUACUCGCUUGUGGGAGAAUCACUUGAGGCCCAUCCUUAUCGAGAGGCUUCCAGGGACGCAAGGCAGCCUUGCUGUGCAGCAGCACAUCACCUCCACCCUGUCCUCGCUGUCGGCCGGCUGGGACAUAGACCUGGACACCUUCCGGUCUUCAACACCUCGUGGGCAGGUUUCAUUCACAAACAUUGUAGCCACUCUGGACCCCUCAGCCCCUCGGAGGUUGCUGCUGGCCUGCCACUAUGACUCCAAGGCCCUGCCACCGGACCCCCGGUUCCCUGAGCGGGUAUUUCUGGGAGUCAGUGACUCUGCAGUGCCCUGUGCUAUGAUCCUGGAGCUGGCCACGUCUCUGGAUGCUCAGCUUAGAUCAUUCAAACAGCUGAAACUUCCAGUGACUCUUCAGCUGGUGUUUUUUGACGGGGAAGAGUCAUUCGAAGAGUGGACCGCCACAGACUCACUGUAUGGCUCCCGUCACCUGGCAGAGCGCAUGGCCAACAUGCCACAUCCUGAUGGAAACACACAUGCCACCAUGCUGCAGGCUGUGGACCUCUUUGUAUUGUUAGACCUCCUGGGUGGACCUGAUCCACUGAUUGCAAACCAUUUUGAUAACACGGCCCGCUGGUUUGACCGGCUGAUUGCUGCAGAGAGGAGACUCCACCGGCAGGGCUUUCUGUCGUCCCACCCCUCAGAGCAGACAUAUUUUAGGAAGGAUGUGUACCUCGGCCCUGUGCAGGACGACCACAUCCCCUUCCUUCACCGAGGUGUCCCUGUGCUCCAUGUCAUUGCCACCCCCUUCCCACAGUUCUGGCACACACUGGACGAUACAGAGGAGAACAUGCACCGACCUACUGUAGUGAACCUGACCAAGAUCUUGGCUGUGUUUCUGGCAGAAUACCUGGGCUUCUGAACACUGGGUGCAAUUUGUGUGAAAAGGUCCACAUGAAGACCUCUGCUCACUUUUUACUCCAUACUGGAGUAAUAUGGCUUUGAGCCACACUCCUGGCACUUCAUUGCUAAAAAAGCACAGCAUAAUUAAGACGUGAAUGAAGAAGAGAGAACCUGGUCAUAUGAAGAAACUGUGCACUUCAGCUAAAAAAAGAAACUUCACCAAAGACAUGGGACCUGCUGGAAUUACCUGUUACCUUGAUUACACAUCAGGGCAGUUUUAAAACACUACAUGUCUAAGUGUGUGGGCUUAUGAUAUGUAUUAAGGAGUCUUAAUUGGGGUGUUGCUAGUUAAUGGAGCCAAAUGACCAGCUCAUGAAGUUGAUUCUGUGAAUUAAUUUUUUGCCUCUUAUUUCCUGUGAAAAAAACCCAAGCAUUUAUUUCCCUCAGUCAUAAUGAUUUACAUGCCCUAAUGUUUCUUAAAGACACACUUAGAGAGCCUGUGAACACUAUUCUCAAUGUUUAAAUCAUGAUAGGUCACCUUUGUGAAAUAUCCUGUGAACUUUUCUGUCUCUUUGAUAACCCUUUAGGAUUUAUGACCUGCUGUAAUUAAAUGUUAGCCAUAUUACAUGGCUAUACUGUACUUUAGUUGUCAGACUGAUGGGGAGUAUAAAAUCUUAAGAUGUAAGUUUACACCAUGCAAAAGGUUUAUUGAACACAUAAGAAAAGUGGUUUUCUUGAAGUGGUUUUCCAAUUUAAUGCAAUAUGGUCAGAAACAUUGAAAAACGAUUCUACAAAAGCUGCUGUAGCUUCUAUGAAAGAUAUACAUGGGAAAAUACUUUUUCCAGCAUGGUCCCAGUGUAUCUUUCCACAACAUCUGCCUGAUUUAUGUUUUGAUAAUAAAGUUUUCUUUGCAAUUAUGUUUAAAUGA